GUCACCGCAGACUCGCUCCAACACCUCACGGUUCAUCUCCCUUAUAUUCCGGCACAGAACCGUCUCCAUGUUAAAUCUCCUGGCCUUCAAAUUGCUUUAAAUGCGAAUACCUGCAGUGCAUGUCCUAGUUUUGGGAAAAUGUACCAAAAAAUGACGUUAGUUGGAUUUGGUCUUCAUGGUAAUAGACUGACAGACCGCCUGGUUGUGAGACAGUCUCUGUAAAGACAGACGGGUCUGGCUGUGAGGCGGGCCAUUCUGGCUGUGAGACAGACUCCUUCUGUAAAGAAAGACGGGUCUGGCAGUGACACAGACCGCCUGGCAGUGAGACAGACCGUCUGUCUGCUUACGCAACCUCCCGAUAAGAGUGUCUGGAAGGGCAUUAGCGCCCAUUUUUAGCACAUGUUGUCCCGGUCAGAGUCGGCCCGGGUUAAAUAACGUCACCUCGACCUUACUUCAUGGAGACCGCCGUGGUCUAUCGGACGGGUAUGUCCUGCUUAUGGACCCGGCACGGCGCUACAUGGAUGUAGUUUUCAACGAAUGAGGAAGGGUGUGCAGCCCGACUUCAUGCUGCUCGCCAUGUGCUCUUUCCUGGUUCCCCUCGCUGCUCCAUAAAAGGGCAAACCGGAAUGACGUGGAGCAGACCAACGCAAACCGAGAUGGAGUCAUUUCACCCCAACGAAAAGGAAACAGAUAAUGUCACCACCAAGGGAGGAGGCCUGAACCCCAACGCUAAAGUGUGGCAGGAGAUCCCCGCCCCCCAGAACGGGCUCCCGGCGGGGGGACAGGAGGAGCCGGGCUGGCUGCAGCCCACCUCGCCCUCAGGAGAGGGGCCUGAAGGUUUCUCUGAGGUGGCGUUCUCUGAUGACAAGGGCUACAGCACGGAGUACUCGGACACCUCCGAUGGCGUCCCGGCGCUGGCCGUGGAAGGCCUCACCAACGGGGGGGCCGAGCCGCUGGACUUCGGGUACCCCCUGUUCGACACCCCGGGGGGCGGCCUGGCCGACGCGGAGCUGGUCAAGGAGGAGCCUAUGUCUGAGGAGAACCUCAGGGAGUCUCUGAAGAAGCAGCUGGAGUUCUGCUUCUCCAGAGAGAACCUCUGUAAGGACCUGUACCUGAUGUCCCAGAUGGACAGCGACCAGUUUGUUCCGGUCUGGACCCUGGCCUGCAUGGAGGACAUCAAGGUGCUCACCACGGACUCUGAGCUCAUCCUGGAGGUUCUUAAAGCCUCUCCCAUGCUGGAGGUGGACGAGGCCGGUGAGAAGGUCCGACCCAAUCACAAGCGCUGUAUCAUCAUCCUGAGGGAGGUGCCGGAGACCACCCCGGUGGAGGAGGUGGAGGCUCUGUUCAAGAGUGACAGCUGUCCAAAAGUCAUCAGCGUGGAGUUCGCCCACAACAGCAACUGGUACAUCACGUUCCAGUCGGACACGGACGCGCAACAGGCUUACAAAUACCUCCGGGAAGAGGUGAAAAUGUUCCAGGGAAAACCCAUCAUGGCUCGCAUCAAAGCCAUCAGCGCGUUCUUCGCCAACAACGGCUUCCGCAGCGUGGACUCGAGCGCGUUCAGCCGGUCCCCCGCGGCCUCGCAGCCGGCCUUCAACUCGCCCCUCUACAUGCAGCCGGUGUACAGCCCCCAGCAGCAGCAGUACCCCGUCUACCCGCUGGUCACGCCCUCAUGGAACCAGUCGGCCACGCCCUACUUCGAGACGCCGCUGGCCCCGUUCCCCAACAGCGGGUUUGCGAACAGCUACAACGGCUCCGCCCCCUACAAAGGGUCCGGCAGCGCCCCCGCGGGUCGGACCUUCAACCGGAGCCGCCUCCAGGGGAAGAGCCACCCCAGGCCGGGGGCCCUGCCCGCUCUGAUCCCAGGGCUCUCCAGGGACGGGGGGUCUGCCCCCACCAGCCCCCUGCUCCCCCAGACCCCGGGGGCCGCCGGGGCCCCCCCCCAGGAGGCGGUGGUGAUGCCCAGCCUCCACAUGAGGGACCUGCCUCCAGGCGACAUGGGCUUGGCGGGCCGUGGGAGGCGAGGCGGUUCCAGAGGCAUGAGGCGGAGACGGGAGGACGAUCGCACUCUGAGGCCGGUCCCGUUGAUCGAGGUGAAGCCGCCCGCGCCCAAAUUCGACCUGGCCUCCUCCAGCUUCCCCCCCCUGCCGGGCUGCGUGGUCACCAGCACCCAGGAGGAGGCGGUCCCCGAGACGCGGCUGUCCGACGUGGUGCGCGGCCGCUGGGGGCCCGACAAGGCGGAGAACAAGGAGGAGAGGAGGGAGGCCCGGCCGCCCAAAGCCCCUGAAGCCGCCGCCGCCCCCCCCGCGGUGGUACCUGCUGCCGUGGCCCCCGUACCAGCCCCCGCCACGCCCCUCAUAGUGGCCACGCCCGUCCUGAGUGUUCCUCCGCCAACCAAGACGCCCCCCACAACCAAGAGUCCCCCGGAGACUGCGGAGCCCGCUCCUCCCCAGGAGCUGGUCCCCGUCCCCGUCCCGGUUCAGGCCCUGGUCCCGGUCCCGGUCCCGGUCCCGGUCCAGGCCCCCACCGAGUCCGGGUCUCCGUCCGCCUGCAGAACCUGUUCCCGACAAAGAGACCACCUGCCGCUUCCCCGGGUCCCCCGCUACAGCCCCCACCCCCACACAGAGCCUGGUCCUGGAGUCCAGGAAGCUGAGCUACGCCGCCGUGUGCCAGCUGCCCGCCAAGGAGCUUCCCGCCAGGCCGCCCUCGCCAACCUCCUCCCCCGACCCCGAGGCCACCCAACCGCUGCGGGAGCUGGGGGUCAACAAGGCGGAGGACCCCCGGACCCCGUCCAACCAGAGCGCCGGACGGGGGGCCGAGAAACCCGGGGAGGUGCGGGCCCCUCGCGAGUCCCUGGGCUCCUACCGCGGGGUCAGCGGGCCCCCCAGGGCCUCGGGCCUGAAGGGCCGGGAGCGUCCCCGUGCCCCCCCUCCCGGGAGACGCGUGGCCCCCCAGGGGGCCCCCCGACACAGCGGCAAGGAGCAGAACAUUCCCCCCCGGUCCCCCAAGUAGGAGGGCUGCUGGCUCCCUCAUGAACUCAGAGACGAUGUGUAUCUAUAUGUAUAAAGAGAGAAAUAUAUAUUAUGGGGUUCUUCAAGAGGAGCCCCACGACCCUGAGGGCGCGUUCAGACCAGGUCACACCGCUGUGGGUUCACGUUGUGAACUUUGACCUCUCCCUCAAGCAGGGUUACGGCUCUGGACGACACGGCGGCCAUCGGUCUCUCUUCCAUCUUCCCUGCUGCUCGGUAAACGGCAGAAGGCUACGAUGCUAACGCUACAUGGUAAACAAGGUUCUUAUUUUCUGCCUGUGUGCGAUUGGCAGCGGUGGCUUGAUGUCUGGUUGCGUUUCUCCAAAGGUUGAUUCCGUCUCAGCUCUUCGCCACAGGCGGUGUCUUUCUUCGUAGCCCCAUAACCCCCCCCCCCCCCCCCCCCCCCUUCAGAUCAAGGGUUGAACUGGUCUGAGCAAGCCCUAAAGGUACGGCCACACUGAAAGCGUAUGCGCGUAACGCCCCUAACCUGACGCUUGAUCAUUGUGUGUCACAAAAAUGGUUCAACGCGCCUACGCAGCUAGAUGAGCCCGCCUAGCGGAGUUGUCUUGCUUCGCCCUGAAGGGGCUUAUUUUCAAUUAAUGACUGGCGACGUUCUAUACAUUAUCCUGCUUAUUACACGGCUACUUGCCAAAACGAAAAAAUAACUUCACAUGGUGUGUCUUUUUACAAUUUAUUCGUUACCAGCAUUCGUAGGGUUUAUUAGUAGAGAAAUGGUCCGCCAAAGACGUUGACGUCGCUUAGCAACCAAAGACGCUGGGGUUCACAAGUCACCGGAUUACUACCCAUGCAAGUGAAUGGAGCAUUCUACGGCAUUGAGAAGGCCUGUGUAAUAAAGGCCUAUAAUAUUUCUGUUUAUGGCAUGGAUUUCUCCUCAGAUUAGGCCAAUAAUGCAAUGAUUAAAAAAAAAUAACACAAACGCUCGAUCAAACGCCCGGCCCGACCCGAGGAUAGUGGUGGGAAAUAUAGGCCAGACCCGGCCCGCGGGUCGCCUCGGGCUCGGGCAGAGAAUCUAAACUCUAGUGCAUGACAUCCCCCGUAGGCGCUCACAGCUGGGUGAGUUCCACGACGACCUCAUCGUUUCAGCACACACUGAAACGAUGACUUGGUCGUCCAUGUUCUUUCUGCUUCUGUGCGUCCUCCGUCUCUCUCCCAGUGACAUCGGGUCAAGCUAAACGCUGAUUGGCUAUCACGGCUAAGUGUCACACGAAGGCGCGUCAAAAGUUCAAUUUUUUUUUAACUUUUGGUUUAGGCGCAUCUACGCGCCUAAACCAAUGGUUCCCUAUGUUAAAAUGCUGAUUUUCAACGCCUCUUAACGCGCGUAAUGUGUUCAGUGUGGCCAUACCUUAAGGCUGUACCAGAUCCGGCCUUUGGAACCCCUUCCUGUUGGUGGAACAGUUUUCAAGAUAACCAAUAUGGCCCUAAUCUCCUAGUAGAUGCUAGGAGUCAAGUGUUGUAUAUCUAUAUAGCUAUAUAUAAUCUGAUUUUAACGAGAAAUGUAUGUGAGCAACAAAUGAUUUUUGUUGGAAACAAAUCAAAGUACAGCUGAGAUAGCCGUAGGAAAAGUAUGAUGUUGUACAACAUUGCAAGGGACAACACAAAGUUAUGGCUGUUAAUUGAUCAUUUCGUCCGUGCCCGUUUAUUUGUUAGGGUGGUGCGGUUAGUCAGCCAUGUUUGUUUUUUUAACCAUCAAAUGUUUAGCUUAUUUGAAAAAAAUGCUCUUAUAACAUGCUUAUUGUAAGCAGUUUAUUGUUUGGGUACAAUGUACUGAACACUGGAGAGAAGUGCAUGGUGAAGUGCUCUGUUUUAAUCCUGUCCAAAUGGUGGGUUUUCAGUUUAGACUCCCUGAUAAGAAAUCGUGUUUAGAUUUCAGUCCUUCCUUCUGUACUGAUAUCGGGCCUUUCCACCUCACACUGGAGCCUCUACCACCCAAUCCUCUCUUCAGGGACUUUUAGAAUCAUAUAAAAAAGCUUUUGAUUAGUUUCGGUUGGCUGGUAUGGGUGUGGAACUUGAGUUUGUCAACCGGGAAGGUGUUUAGGCCAUGUGACAUUGCAAUCGCUUCUUAUUGGCUGAUUGGAUUGGAGUGGAGCUAGAGGAUAUCAUUCCCUCCACUGGUGCUGUCCUGUCCCCUUGAGUGCAGGGCU